GAGAUAGAGCGUGUGCUCACGCGACCCCAACGAGACCCAAACGCUUUACAGUUAAGUCCGGUAGGUGAGAGAGACAAGGGAAGCGUAUGGAGGGAGAGAUUGCGAGACGAUCGGAGACGACGGGGUUAAGGGAGGUGGAAGAAUCGACGACAGAGGUGGGAAUUGGCGGAGGAGAUGGCGAUGACGAUGGUGCGGCAGGGACGAGUGGGAGAGGAGGAAAAGAUCGAGUAAAAGGGCCGUGGUCACCAGAGGAAGAUGUUGUGUUGAGUAAACUCGUUGAUACUCAUGGAGCCAGGAAUUGGAGUCUGAUCGCACGGAGUAUUCCUGGUCGUUCAGGCAAGUCUUGUCGUCUUCGUUGGUGUAAUCAGCUCGAUCCAACUGUUAUACGCAACUCCUUUACUGAGGUAGAAGACCAGGCUAUCAUCACAGCACAUGCCAUCCAUGGAAACAAAUGGGCUGCUAUUGCAAAAAUCCUUCCUGGUAGAACAGAUAACGCUAUUAAGAACCAUUGGAACUCCACUCUAAGACGUCGAUUUAUGGAUCUUGAAAAGGCAAAGAAUAUGGGAACUGCAGGCUUAGUCGUGGAAAAUCCUGGAUUUGGAGUAGCCUCGUCAGAAGAAACUUUAUCCUCAGGGGGCGGUGGUCAGGUAACUACUCCAGUUGUAUCUCCAGAAGGCAAAGAGGCCACGUCCAUGGAAAUCUGUGAAGAGCAAUGCGUUGAGAAAACAAAUGGAGAAGGUAUUUCUAAGCAAGACGGUAAUGAUCCUCCAACGCUUUUCCAUCAAGGUAUUUCUAAGCAAGACGUGAAUGAUCCUCCUACGCUUUUCCGUCCGGUAGCUCAGAUCAGUUCUUUUAAUGCCUACAAUCACAUGGAAGGAUCCCCCUCCCCACAUAUACAAGACCAAAACCAGUUCCAAUCAUCUAAACAAGACGCUGCAAUGUUAAGAGUGCUUGAAGGAGUUUACAGCGAACUGUGUGUGCCUCAGACAUGUGGAGGUGGUUGUUGCACAAACAAUCCCGUUGGCAUUAUUCAGCAAGACUCAUUGUUGGGUCCAGAAUUUGUGGAUUACUUAGACCCACCAACGUUUCCAAGUUACGAACUAGCUGCUAUAACAACGGAUAUAAGCAGCCUUGCUUGGCUGAGAAGCGGUUUAGAGAGUAGCAGCGUGAGGGCGAUGGAAGAAGCAGCUGUCCGGUUAAGGCCACAAGGCUCAAGGGGUCAUCGAGAUCACUAUCUUGUCUCUGAACAGGGGAAGAACAUAACCAAUGUCUUGUCCACAUAAACAAAUAGCAGAACAAAACCAGUCUCUUGAGUUUUUUUUUUUUUUUGGAUUUCCUGACCCUUUUUUUUUUUGGUAUUUGAUUUGUUUUAUCUCUUGAUCUCGGAGAGCUUGAGUCUUGCUUGUAAUCGAAGUUGUGAUGUAAUUGAGUAGAGAUAGUUUCUAUAGUUCUGAAAUUGAGUAGAGGCCAUAGCGUCUUUCAACUUCCUUAUGACUUGUAUGAUGGCGAUUGCGAUAUACAAUGAUAUGGUUUGUAACA